CGAAACGACGCGCCUUUUUUGUUUACUGGCUUGCACUAACUGUAAAAGGAGGAAGCGAAAUGGACAACAGCAGUGGCAGCCAGGGAAGCGGUAGCUACAUGGACCAGAACUCACUGGGCAUCCUAAACAUGGACAAUCUCAAGGUCUUUGGCGAUCUGUCUAGCUUUAGCAAGAGCAGCAGGAGGAGCGGCGUUAGUCGGGAUUCCUCCGGCGUCCACGAGCGACUCCGGGAAGAGCGGCUGCGUGCCCUGGAAACACUGGAGAAACCCAGGCCCACGCGUCCCAGUCAAGCGAAGAGCACUACCCUGCAAAAGCGCUCCACCACAAACAUCUCAGAGCUGGUAACAGACGAGACCAUCGAUCUCAACAGCAGUGGGUCUUUUGCCCUGGCCACGCCUGCCCCCAAGGGCACCAACAUCUCCUUUGAGCCCGCUGAGAUCACCGGCAGAUCGACGCUCUGCCAGGGGGAAAAACAGCGCCGACGGGAGAAGCCAUCUCUUUCCGUGGCCGAAAUCCUCAAAUCCUCCUUCGUGGAGAAGGCCCGCCUGCUGGAAAAGAAGCUGCACGAUGCCAGCCAGCUAGAGACCGGCUAUCAUUUGUCCCGAGCCAACUCUAGCAGUCUCACGGACUCGUUCAGCUGCUCCCGCAGUUUGCCGCGCACUGCAGACAUGAGUGAUCUAAGUCUUAAUGGGGGAGGGGGAUUCUCUUUUGGCUCCACAUCGGUGGCGGAAGCUGGUCAGGAUGAGAGCUUCGCCCCCGCCGAGCUGAUGCAGUCCAAGUUGGUGCAGGGCGAGAUCUCGUGGGCGCAAGAGUUUGCUGCCAUGCCGACGGCCACAUUGAGUACCCAGGCAAUGCAGAAGAUUGCCGCACCGCCCCCCACAUCCGAAAUAGAAACCUCCGUGUCCAACUCUGUCUUGGUCGGAGAUCCAGACUUUUCACUGGGCAACUAUUUUCAGAAGCGCUCUGAGAACAUCUGGAACAUUGUGAGCGACGACAGCCCGGAUCGCAGGCGUCCUUCUCAGGCUAUGCGGGAACCAGAAGUUAACAAGUCGCUGGACUCCGUCGGCGAGAAGACCCCGCAGCCAGACAAUAAGACCUACACAAAGGCUGAUGCCAUUGCAGACUCCAAUCUCGGACGCAACCUUAUGCGAAAGAAGCAGCAAGAUCGGAUUCAGACGGUGCUGAAGACCAACAAUGGACUGUCGGCUCAAGAGCCCAAGCGGCCGCCAUCGAGUUCCGAGAUCCUAAGUCUCUCGGCCAUCGACAAAGCGCUGAGGGAUAUCGAUCUCAAUUCGGAUACAUCCACUGUGGAGGUGGUCAACCAUUUGUGGGAGCAUGGACGUGGAAAUAAGUACGAAGAUGAGAACAAGGAGAACCAGAGCAGGGGGUCACAUGCGGAGCGCACCUUGUGCGGCUCCAACAAGCUCACGGACACCAUGAGCUUCACGGAUUCUGUGCUUAACUCGACGGACUUUCGUCACCUGCAGCAGAGUUUCUCGCGUAAACCCCUCAGUCCGCUGGCGGAACAGCCGCAGAUUACCAUCAGCCGUGCGGAAACCGAUCCCGUGGAGACCGAGGCUGAAGCGGAUAUUGACGAGUGGCCCUCGACACCGGUGAAGGAGCCAAACCGCAAAGUGAGACGUACUAAGAUUUCCCCCAGAACCGCCAGUCCUGCGAGUAGCGAUGGGAUACGUGCACUAACAUGCACCGAGGACGAAAACGAGGAUGAGGACAAAACGCCGGUGAACAAGAAGAGGGUCUCGAUCUCCACAGUGGGCCUGAUUCCUCGUAAUCCCUCUUCAUUGAGCAGCACUCGGUUGGAUGGAUGCGAUGUCGCAGUGGCCUCUUCCACUGAGCGCGACUUCGGUAUUUCCCCGAACAUGGGAAAAAACCUUUCACCAAUGUCCUCACCGAGAAGCCGCCUCUCGUCCCCACUACUGGACAGCACCACCAGUUCCGAGCGCCGGCAGCUGAUGAGCGGUGUGGCACGCAAGGCCAACUCCUCUCCGGCGGGAAGCGAGGCAAGUUCCACCAGCGGAUUUACAACGAGCGGAAGACGUGGACCUGGUACCAGCUCUACCUCUGCACCGCGUAGUAUUUCGCGCUGCUCCAACUCCAGUGAGUUCAGCCACCGGGACGGAAAGCUGCUUCCCUUAAAGGUGACUCACACCAGCCUGUGCUGGGGCAGCACAAAGCUCCGAACAGACGUGCGAAAGUCCAUGCAAGUGAAGAACACAGCGGACAAACGACUCGUCAUCCGUCUGGGCAUCCAGGGACCCGGCUUCCAGCUCGUUGGCAGCGACAGCAGCACAAUCACACUGCAGGCCAUGGAAUGUCGCUCGGUGGUGAUUAAUUUCUGCCCAACUGUCUGUGGAGCGGCUAUCGGAGCACUGUCAUUCUAUGCGCCCCCAGGAGCACACAACAGCAGCCAACCUGGCCUAGAGAUACCGCUUUACGGCUACGGCGGCAGUGCGUCUAUAACCAUACAGGGCCUGCUGAAGGGACCUGUGGGGGCCAGUUUCCUCACCAUAGGCGAUGUAUGCGAGCUAUCCUCCGGUCCUCUUUCGGCGAGUCUCAGGUUCCAUAACAAGGGCCCGCUAACCGCCUUUGUGGGCAUAUCAGUGGAUUCCACUGUGCUGAUGAAACUGCGCCUGAGUGAGGCUUUUGAUGUGCGGCCUAGCCGGAUGAUCCUGCCGCCAAAUACCGAGGGCAGCGUGCAGAUCCUCUUCCGACCGAAUCGCGAGGACUUGAAGAACAUACUAAAGAAGACUGCACAGGUGUUGACGCUGGCCAACAUGCGAAUUUUCUGUGGGGACGAGCCCAAUAGGCAGCGCAUGCGCAGCCUGGUUCAGAGGAUGAGCACUCGGCAGCGGGAAAAGCUCACCUCUCCGAUGCUCGACAGCAUGUGGGGUGGAUUUCCCGAAGAGCAGCCAGUUCGAAACAUAGGCCAGCUUAACGAGCCUCCCGAGUUCAUCCUGGAUCUGGUCACCGUCGUGCGGAUUAUCGAUGUGGCCCUCACCCUCAAUCGGGACUUCGACGAAUCCUCCGAGAGCUCGCUAAUGUUCCUGCCGGAAGCCGAAGAAACUGUCCUAUUUCGGACGAUCUGUAUACCUAGUUCGCCAACGCCAACUCAGAGCAACCUGCUGGAGCCUGUGGAUGAACUAUUAGAGGCGGACACCACUACCUUAAUGCCCGUUGAGCGGAAUUGGUCAGUGCAACCCACCUCGCUAGAAUUCGGAGCCCGCGGAUCUCCCCUGGCUACUUUGUCCGUGACGAACAGCUUUCGCUCUAGGCAGCUCAUCGAGGUGAGCUGCAAUAUCCCAGAGCUGGUGCGUAUAAACCCUAGCGAGUGCUAUGUGGCUCCAGAUGGCGGUCAGGCGGAGAUCGAUGUGCGCUUGCUGCGACCGCCCAGACGCGAUUUGCUAGAGAAAGAGCCGCUCAUCGUGGUCUCAAUGGAGAACGAGCGCAUCAACGUGCCACUUAGCUUUAAGUUUUGAAUAUUAUCAGUGCCUGCUAAUUGCGUUUGCCCUAUGUGUAUGUAUGAAGAAAAAAUUGAGUUGUAUUGUGUUUUUAAGAAAUAAAGCGUUUAUAAAUAA